AUGGGGGUUGUAGGAGGGUGGUUUACUGCUUACAAUGGAUUAAUAUUAGUUAUACAUUACGUUUUAAGUUCAUUUAGAAAAAAUAAAAAGUCAUUAUUUGUUGGUAUUUUCACUGUAUUUGUUAGUGUUUGCUUCUUAUAUAUUUUACAAAAUGUUGUUGAGUUAGUACCUGCAGUGUUUAUGAGAAUAUCAGAAAUACAAGUUGGAGAAGGGGAUAUUUUACUUCAACCAAGAGAAUCAAUGUUUCUUAACUACACUCAAAUAUCAGAAAAACUUGAUAAAAAUUGUAAAACAUGUAAGAAUAACUACCCACGUUGGUUAAUGUGGGGGUCUGUUGUGAAUGGGAAUCAAACUGUUGAUGGAGUAUUAAAUGUUUACGACAGUGAGGUUGAGGAGAAAAAUAAUAUUGGAAGAGGAUGGAAAUAUGACCCUUUAGAAAAAGACCAAAUUGUGAUUAGUGGUGGUGCUGCUAGAAAAGUUGAUAUUCAAAUUGGGCAACAAGUAGAUAUGGUAGUUAACCUUCCUGAAAUAGUAAGAUAUCUUGGAUUAAAUAUGGAAGAUAUACUCCCAGAUUUAAUUGGAGUUGGUCAAAAUAUUAACAUUUCAAUUCCAUUGAAAUUUGUUGAUCCAAAUAAUACCCAAAAUGGAAAAUAUAUAAUUACUCAACUCUAUGAAAUAGAAAAAAUUUUAAAUAAAACUGGAGAAAAUGUAUUCACGUCAUUGUAUAUAAAUGGUAUUAACAUGUAUGUCACUGAUGCGUUUAAUUUAUAUGUAAUAGAUGAAUCAUCUCCUGAUCCUUAUAAUAAGCUUAUAAUAGAAAAUAAUGCUAUUUUAGUAUCAAUUGGGUUAAAUAUUAAUUAUUCUGAUCCUGGAUUAUUAGCUUCUAUGACAUCGAGUAGAAAAAUGUUAGUUAAAGGAAUUGCAGAAAAUCCAGGAGGAAAAUAUUCAAAUUUAAUUGGGAAUGUAAUAUCUAUUGAUCGGAGAGAAGCAGAAAUAAUAUUAAAAAAGAUUUUUAAAAAUAUUAUUAAUUAUGAAAUAAAGAGAGUUACAGAUCAACUAAAUCAAUAUCAUAUUCCAACUACGAUUAUACUUAAUCUCAUUAAUAAUUUGUUUGAUACAUUUGAAUUUGAUCUUAACUCUCAAACAACUCAAAUAUAUGUUCAAAUGAAAAAUAGAAAUAAAGCAUAUUUUGAUGGUGAUAAAUUAAUGAAAAAAAUUAUUGUCGAAACAACUGAUGAAAUUGCAAAAAUACUUGGCCUUAAAUCUUCAAUAACCAUAACCGCACCUUUAUCUAUUGUUGUUUCAGUCUUUAAUUAUUUGAUGUAUUUAUUAAAAGAAAUUUUUAAUUUUAUUGUAAUUGUAUUUGCUUUUAUGGGAGGGUUGUUGAUUUAUAGUUUAUUGAUUGCUGAUGUAGAAAGUAAGACAUAUGAAUUUGGAAUGUUACGUGCAUUAGGAUUAUUAAAAUCUUUAUUAAUCGAAAUUCUUGUAGUAGAAUCUACAACAUUUUCAGUCAUUGGAGUUGUUAUUGGAUUAAUUUUUGGAUAUUCAUUAUCAUUAAUAGUCAAUUUCUUGAUUACUAAUCUUGCUGAUUUACCAAUGAUUUAUACCCCAUCAUGGAAAUCAAUUGUAAUACCACUAUUGAUUGGUUUUAUUAUUCCACUUAUAUCCAAUAUUAUUCCAAUUAAAAAAGCUCUUUCCAAGACAUUAAGAAAUAGUUUAGAUCUUUAUCAUUCUACUAUUAAUGAAGUUAAUGUAACAAUAAAAAAAAUAAAAUCAAUUGGAAUACAUCCAUCAUUAAUAAUUAUAUCAUUGGUUAUGAUAGCGGCAAGUUUUAUUACAUACUAUAUCAUUCCAAUGUCAUUAUUACAAAUGAAAUUAGAUAUUUUAUUUAUUUGUUUCUUAUUAAUACUUCUUUCAUUUCUUGCAGGACUUUGUCUUCUUAGUCAAAUAAUACAACCAUUUAUUCAGAAAUUUAUUACUUAUAUUAUUAUUACACCAUUUCAAAGUGCUAUUCAAAGCAUUGUACUUAAAAAUUUAAAUUCUCAUUCCCCAAGAAAUAAAAAAACUGCUUUAAUGCUAACAGUUGUAAUUAGUUUUAUUUUAUUUGCAGGUGCAGUAUUUUCAUUGUCAGAAAACACUAUUAUUAAUGAAGUAAAAUUAAAUUCUGGAGCAGAUAUUAGAGUUAAAACAUCAAAUAGUUUAAAUGUGACUCAAUUAGCCAAUUAUUUAAAAAAUGAACCUAAAGUUAUUGAUUACUCAUUUGAAACAUCUCCUAUCUCUGAUAUUGCUGGUAAAAAGUCAUCGACAUACAUAAGCAAUUUAGCAAUGCACCCAAUGGAAUCUGUAAAAUAUAUUGCAGUAGAUGAACAUUUUGUCAAUACAGUUUAUAACGAAUUAUUAACUCCAGUAAAGGUUGAUUCAAUAGUAAAAUACAAUAAAGUCAAUGGCCAUCCAGAUGUAUUAACUUCUUUAUAUGAUUCUCCUAGAGUAAGGACAAGUGACCUACCUCAGUGCUUUCCAUUAAAUAAAAAUAUUAUUAAUAAACAAAAAAUCCCUGACACAUCUUAUUUCUAUAACAAUUACACUGACGUUAUUAUUGCUGAAGGUAUUAGAGAAGAAGACAGUAUUCAUGUAGCUGAUAAUGUUCGUAUUAAAAUAGUUUCAAAUUCACAUUCAUUGUUUUAUCUUGGAAAAGUUCGUGCAACAAUAAAAUCAAUGCCAGGUCAAAGAUUUUCAUCUUUUUAUACAGUCGCUUCAAAAUCACCUAUCAUUAUAAGUAUUCCCCAAAUGAAAGAAAUAUUACAAACACAACAAACUAUAUUCAAUACAUCUUCUGAUAUUACUUACCAUAUUCUUUACAUUAAAGUACAACCUGGAAGUAGUGAAUAUGUAACACAAAAUAUAAGAACAUUAGUAUAUGAUAUUAAAGCUGUUGUAACAGAUACAUCUUCGAGUGUAGAAUCUAUUCGGUCUUCUAUUGGAAUUCUUCAAAUAUUCUUUAUAAUUGUUUCUUUAGUUGCAUUGUUAUUGUGUUUCUUUGUAAUGUUAUUAUCAUUUACUUCAAAUGUUCAUGAAAAUUCUUGGGAAUUUGCAGUUUUAAGAGCACUUGGACUUAGUUCAAUCAAAAUGGUGUUGAUUUAUAUUUAUGAAGCACUUUGUAUUACUUUUUCGUCUAUUAUUUUAGGUUCAUUAAUAGGAAUUGGUGUUGCUUCGUUAGUAAAUCUACAAUUUAUUCUUUUCCUUCAAUUACCUUAUACUUUCUCUUUCCCAUGGCUUAAUGCAGUAAUUGUUUAUUUUAUCUCAAUUGUUGUUUCUGUCUCUUCUUCAUUUAUACCUUCUUGGAAUUUAACUCGAAAACCAAUCUCUAAUAUUUUAAAAGGUCAACUUUAA